AUGAUCCAUGCAAAGAAGCUUGCUCAGUUGGCUAGGAAGUUGCAGCAGAAGAUGGUGUCAGCCUCAGCCGGCAGUGGCCGGCACACGGCAGGAACCAGCCACGAUUGCUGCAGCACUGCAUCUCUUGCCGGUAAGGGCCACUGCGCUGUGUACACUGCCGACGGGGCGCGGUUUGAGGUGCCAUUGCCGUACCUUGGCACGGCAGUCUUUGGCGAGCUCCUGACGAUGUCUCAUGAGGAGUUUGGCUUUGCAAGCGAAGAUGGGAGGAUCACGUUGACAUGCGACACAUCUGUUAUGGAGUACGUCAUGUGCUUACUUAGGAGAGAUGCCUCUAAAGAGGUUGAGAGGGCGUUCUUGUGCUCCAUGGCGAUGCCAUGCCACAAUGUCGGAGUGCUCAACCAUCAACUAGCUGUUUGUACAUAG